UACAGUCAUCAUCUGUUAUUUUUCUAAUUAUGUUUAAGACCUUCGCUGUUGGUUGGAUUUUCUUUUUAUCAGCUGUUUUAUUAGAAAGAUGCAGCGGAUUACAAAUGGUUGGAAGCUGCACUUUUCAAGAAUACAUUGACAAGGCUCGACAAUGUACGACGGCGUUUAUUGCAGAUCUACAGAAAGAUCCUUUUGUGGAUUGCAAAAUAAUUUAUGACAGAAUGGUGGAGUGUACCAAAGAUUACGUAAGAGAUUGCGUUAGAGGCCUUGUGCCCGAUAAUGAUAUUGAAGCCUUUUUAACGGAGGCAGCUAAGCAACUGAAAUCUGAAGACUUUUACUGCAAGGAUGGAUUGUUUUCCAAGCCAAUUCUGAUAGACGAACAGAAAAAAGAAAUCCCAUGCAAUGAAACAUUUUUCAACGAAUCCAGAGUAUGUGGAGACACAUUUCAAACGAAGUUUAGGAGAAACAGGGCUGACAAAAGUCUUUGCAAGGAAUUCACGGCCGCAAAGUCAUGUUUAAAGGAAGCAGUCGAUCAAUAUUGUCAAUUUGACGCAGACGCAGCGGAAAUAUUACAACCGGCCUUUGAUGGGUACAAUCCAUUCUGUAUUGUUUCAUCCGAGGAGGAAGAUGAAGAUGAAGGUUAUUAUUUACAGGACGCUCAGUUGUUUGAUCAGUGUUCUAUGAUCGCACAGCUGAACAGAACCAGACAGUGUAUUACACUUUUUAUAAGAAGCCUACAACAAGAUCCGCAGGGAAACUGUAGCGUGAAAUACAUUUACAUGCAAGACUGUAUUGUCUGCAUGCUCCGAUCCUGUCUUCAGAGGUAUGGAUUCAUCUCUGAAGCUGACAUUGAAGUACAAGCUGAAGAGUCCUUGAAUCGCACAAACCCCGAGAAUUUCUAUUGUCGCGGCAUGUUAGAGGCACCAAAAGCCUCCUCGGAGGAUGAAGAUCUUCAGUGCGAUGAAGGCUUCUUUGAGGAAGAAGUAAAAUGCCUAAAGGAAUUCAACGAUACUUUUAUUGCCAAUGUUUCGGAUCCGACCCUUUGCAGCAAAUUUUCCGAAUCUAAACAGUGCCUCAGAGAUCUCAUAACAACUCGCUGUCCAAGUGGGAGCAGAACAUCUUCGCUUGAGUUCGCUUUGAUAUUUGAUGAUUACAAUCCUUUUUGCUGGAGAGGCACUGAUCAAGAACAAGAUGCAGCUCUCCCGUCGCCUACAGAAGAAUUGAGCGACCCAUGUUUAGCUGAAUUUCCAACAGCUCCUUUAUUAUUGCGAUCAAAAGGAAGAACUCUUUCUCAAUCUCAUUCUCUAUCGUUUGUCUUUUUUUACAAUCUUCUCGGCUACUUGACAAUGUGGAUAAGUCCUCUAAAUCAGAGGUAAUGCAAAAGCAAAAAUCCUCUAGAUUAAUUGUUCGUAAGUUUGCAGCAAUAUUUAAUAAAGCAUCAUAUUUAAUUUAAGUAAAUGAAUGCCGUUAAAAGCCAGAAUAGUUGUCUUUGUUGAGAACAGUACUUGUGUUUCGUGGUUUCUUUGGUUCAUUUCACAUAACAAAAGGACGCAAACAAACAAGCAAAUAAAUGACAAAUAGUGAUGAUUGUUUCCCAUUCUCCUUGGAAGGUUCCGGCUAACUUUGAACGGUUGCGUAGGAUGUCCGACGGUUCAUCUGAUUUCAGACAGUUUCGUUUGAUUUCGGAGAGUUACGUCUGAUUUCGGAUAGCUCCGUUUGAUUUCGGAGAGUUCCGUUUGAUUUCGGAGAGUUUCGUUUGAUUUCGGAUAGUUCUUUUUUAAUUUAAGUCGGUUCUGUCGGAUUUUGGACUCUUCCGUCCGAAACGGUUUCAGUUAGAAGACCAAAAUCGGAACAGAACAAUUUUAUUUUUAAUAUCGGACAAGCAAUAAAACACAACUCUUAACUACUACAGACUGGCUGCCUCGAACAGCUCUCGAGGCAAUUUGCUGUCUAUGCUAUACAUGCGUAUAUCAACAUUAUUAUUACACUGCUAUAAAGGUUUUUGUGUCGGUUGAAAUUAAACAGGGCAACGAUUUUCAUAAAUACUAACGUGAAAAGCGU